GGAGCGUGCGGCUGCUCGCGCAGAUCACUAUGGGAUUGGGAUAAAGUUUAGCAAAAUCUUCCAAAAGUUUGCUUAACUACUUAUACUUGCAAAGUCUUUAUUUUAACACGUCAAAGUUUACAUGAGGAUGAGUAACGUUACUUUUUGAAAUAUCGCAGUCUUGGUUACUUUCUCAAGGAAUCGAAACUAGGUUUGUGAUCAGUCAUCAUGGCCAUAGCGCACGCCGCCACUGAGUACGUGUUCUCGGACUUCGUGUUGAAGGAGCAUUCAUCAGAUAACAGAUAUAAAGGCAUCAGAUUAGAUUUGGCUCUGGAUAAGAUGGUCACCUGUGUCGCGGUGGGUCUUCCUCUGCUGCUCAUCUCUCUGGCCUUUGCUCAGGAAGUGUCUGUCGGUACACAGAUUAGUUGUUUUUCUCCCACAAAGUUCUCUUGGCGUCAGGCUGCUUAUGUGGAUGCGUAUUGUUGGGCAGCUGUUCAGACACAGGACACCGGAGGCCUGCCAUUAUGGCUACAUAAGUUUUUUCCUUACGUCCUGUUGCUGGUGGCAGUGUCUGUGUACAUGCCAGCUUUGUUUUGGAGGUUAACGGGAGCCCCUGUCCUUUCCUCUGAUUUAACCUUUAUAAUGGAAGAACUGGACCGUUCUUAUAACCGAGCUAUCAAACUGGCCAAGCGUCCUCACACCACUGGAGUACAGGACUCAGAGUCAGCUCGCGUAGAGUCAAAAAGCUCUUUGCUGGACCUUACAGAAAGCUUCAAAUAUCCUCUGGUGGAACAAUACUUGAAAACCAAGCGCUACUCCAUUGGUUUACUGGUCCGUUACAUCAUCUGCCGUGCCGUCACCUUCUUGGCCCUCCUGUUAGCCUGCAUCUACCUGUGCUAUUACAUCAGUCUCUCCGUUACAGACGAGUUUCAGUGUAAUAUCCGUUCGGGUGUGUUGGUCAAUGACUCCUCAGUACCUCCUCUCAUGCAGUGUAAACUGGUUGCUGUGGGCAUCUUCAAGCUCCUGAGCUACAUCAACCUGUGCACGUAUUUGCUGCUGAUGCCAUUGUGUCUGUAUGCCGUGGGGGUUCCCUUCAGAAUGACGAGGGGAUCUUUAAAGCCCUUCGAGAUGUUGCCUACAAUAGGAGUGAUCCACUAUGAACGAAUGGCCUGGGAUGAUCUGGCACUUUAUCUGCUGUUUCUGGAGGAGAACCUCAGCGAACUGAAGAGUUACAAGUGCUUGAAGGUUAUAGAGCUGUUAAAGAAGACUGGCGAUGAGCAGAUUGAAACCAAGUUGAUUUUACGGAAUCUUGCGCAGGUAAAAACAGACAUGGUGGAUGGCAGAUCACCCAAUGAUUUGAACAACACCAACAGCACUGGCACUGAGAUGAAAGAGGUUUCUCCACUCCUGCAGGAUGACCGCUUCAAUAAGUGUGAAGAUGAGAAGGUUGUGCAUAAGAGGACUGUCUGAAUGGCGGUUUCUAUAGGGUACAUGCUGCCAGUAUCCUAUAGAGGCUUCCAACAUCUGUAAAAGCUGGAGAAAUACACUUGGGAAAUGACAUUGGAUAGAAGUCUCUCUUGUGCUUCCCUCUUUUAAAAGCACAACUGCAUUUCUUUGAACAAAAUCCUCAUCUGGAACUAUUCACAUUUUCUGUGUUUUUUUGUGUGUGCGUAUUUGUUUGUAACCAAGCUACCAGAACUGAACAUUUUCUUUAGCAAAUUAUAAAGUAAAUGAUGACAGAAUUGUCAUUUUUGGGUGAAGUAUCCCAUUAGUUUAUUUUGGUGUGUAUUUAUGUGGUGGAAGCUCUAAAUUGUCUUAUUUACUUUAAUUCUCCUACAGUCUGAUGCUCGCACACAGAAAAUGAAUGGGAAACUAUGACUUGAACACUUUUUAUCGUAGAAAUAACAUUUUAGACCUGUUCUGGUACGAUUCAAAUGUUAGAAGCAUUGUUUGUCGGUUAUUGCAAUUCAGCAAGGAGAGUUAUUGCUGAUCUGUGCUGACAGAAUACUUUAAACCACUGCCAAGAAUGGACAUAAAUCACUAAUACAUAUAAAAUUUUAAUACUUCAUAGGCAUCCAUUUUCGUCUGUUUGUUGAGCCCUAUCCACAUUUCUUUUGGAGCUGUAAAAUAAUUGUUUAUAAUAUUUUUAUGACCUACAGGAAAAGAUGUACGAAAUAAGUGUAGGAUUAGAAAUGUGAAACAGCUUUAAGACUGCUGCCCAACUCCUGUUUACAUAUUUACUGUGAUAAAAAGAGAAGUGAUACGACACAGACAGUUAACUUAACUAUCUACUUUGAUCAAUGUGGAUAAAUGCAAAAGGUUAAGCUCUGGAAACGAAAUCAAGCAGCAGAUAAUCACAUUGCGAGCAUCAAGCGUUCAUUUAAAAAUGAUUUCAAUGGGGAAAUUAUUUAUGAAAUUACACGGGUGUUGUUACGUGGUGCAUGUUUAUAAUUUUUUGUGUAUAAGGAAAAUGUGUGUUUUUUUGUUGAUAUAUCAGUUAUGUUCUGCUUUGUAUUUGUAUCGUCUCUGUGCUGUAGCAUUAAAGUGGAUUGAUUUUUAUA